GUUAGGCUUAAGAUUCUAUACUGGAUGAUUAUAUAACAGCAUUUAUGUCGGAGUUUAAUUGCUGAAAUGUCGAGUUCAAGUUACAAUGACUCAAGUUUUGAUCACCUUAGUGACUCUCCAUCCCACAUUGAUGUAGAGAUGGCUACGAACACAUUGCAAAUAUCAAACCCUUCAAGUGCGGCAUCCUCUGUGCCAAACACUGACGAGGAAGAUGAAGACACAAGUGAUAAACAUCAUCAAUCGUAUAAGGAGCGAAGAAGAGAGGCGCACACCCAAGCAGAGAAGAAAAGAAGAGAAGCGAUCAGGAAAGGAUAUGAUGAACUUCAACUCAUUGUCCCUAACCUGGUCCAGCAAGCGGAUGUUAUAGGAUCACAGAAAUUAAGCAAAGCUGUGAUUCUGCAGCGAUCACUUAACUAUGUGGAGUUUCUACAGCAGCAAAAGAAGAAACAGAUUGAAGAGUUAAACCAGCUUCGUAAAGAGAAAAUGGCACUUGCUAUUAUGAAAGCAAGUUAUGAGCAAAUUGUGAAGCAACAAAUGAAAUUCAGCGAUGGGGCGCAAGGAAAAGUUUCAGAGGAAGUUAAGUUCAAUAUUUUCCAGCAAGUAAUGGAAAAAUUAUUUGUAACUUUUAACUCAACAAUUACAACCAAUACAUUUCAAGAUGUCUCUCAUGGCAUUAUUAACUGGAUUGAGGAGCAUUGUAAGCCUCCUAUGUUAAGAAACAUUGUAAAUGAAGUACUUGGUAUGGCAUCUAGUACCACGUAUUAUGGUUCCCAGCGCUUUUGACUUUUUUCUUAUAUUUAAGUUGCAAAGUUCAAUUGUCUAUGGUAUAGCACAUGCACGUUUUAAAAUGACAAAAUGUACUGUAUUGUUGAAUUUGUUUUUAGUACAGUAUGGUGCUUCUGGCUAACUGAUGACAAUCGUGUUUUAUUAUUAUUUUGUUUUGUCUUUUUUAUUGUCUUUUCUUUCUUGCUGCCUUAUCAGCAUUUAUUUUAAUCUGCCAUGACUUAAAAUUAACAGCCUUCAAAAAGACCUCCUAAUAUAAUUAUAUUGAUCUAAUGUGAAAUACCCACCACACCCUAAAACUUGUAGCCAAGCAGCUGUUGGUAAAAAUGUUUGAAAAUGUAUUAACAUUAACAGCAGUUUUCACUUACACAUGCUAAUUUAACUUUGUUUCACCGUUUUCCAG